GCGCUGCCGGGGGAAAGUCCGGGCAGAGCCGGAGCGGCGGCCAGACAGGAAAGGGCUUGCAGAGCUGCACAUCCCACCAGAGACCUGUCUCUGUUCCCCGCCGCCACCGCUCCCUGAGCCACGACAUGAACCACGCGAAGGGAACAGACAUGCUCCCAGAGAUCGCCGCUGCCGUGGGCUUCCUUUCUAGCCUACUGAGAACUCGGGGCUGUGUGAGCGAGCAGAGACUUAAGGUUUUCAGCGGGGCGCUCCAGGAGGCACUAACAGAGCACUACAAACACCACUGGUUUCCUGAAAAGCCAUCCAAGGGGUCUGGCUACCGCUGCAUCCGCAUCAACCACAAGAUGGAUCCCAUCAUCAGCAAGGUGGCCAGCCAGAUCGGACUCAGCCAGCCCCAGCUGCACCGGCUGCUGCCCAGCGAGCUGACCCUGUGGGUGGACCCCUAUGAGGUGUCCUACCGCAUUGGGGAGGAUGGCUCCAUCUGUGUCUUGUACGAGGAGGCCCCAGUGGCUGCCUCCUAUGGGCUCCUCACCUGCAAGAACCAAAUGCUGCUGGGCCGGAGCAGCCCCUCAAAGAACUACGUGAUGGCAGUCUCCAGUUAGAGCUCCUGCUGCCCCCACCCUGGCACUCUACUGUACUCAUCCUGCCGUGACAACAGACCACCACAUACCUCAACCUGGGGAACUAUUUUUAAAUGAAGAGCUAUUUAUAUAUAUUAUUAUUAUUUUUUAAGAAAAGAGGAGAAAAAAAAAAACCAAAAGAUUUUUUUUUUACGAAAAAAAUCCUUAAAGGGAGCUGCUUGGUGGCCUCCCCAGGUGCCUUUGGAGAGAACUGUUGUGGGCUUGAGUCCGAGAGCUGGUGUCUGCCUAUGGUGGGUGGGAGGGAAGCAGAGAGGGGUUAGGCCUAGCCAAGGUGAGGUGAGAAGCUUGGCUGGCACCCCAGAGAGAUGUGAGAGGGAGCAAGCUAGGUUAGCAACUGUGAAUGAGAGAGGUCAGCUCUGCCCAGGGGGGAGAAGAGAGGCUGAGUCCAAACCUCUCUUUCUCCCCACCUAGGACACCUGGCAUCCCUGGUUCCUCUCUUACUCAGGGGCAUUCAAUCCUGGACUUAAAUAAUACUUUUGUUACCUAAUCUUCUCUUUUAUUUUUCUAAUGAGAUCCUGGUCAGAGAGUGACAAGACCUCUCCUAAUUCCUUCUGUCCUAAGCAGCUUUUCCUGAAAUCAUGACUUGUUUCUAAUGCUACCCUCAGGGGCCUGUAGGUGUUGCUUCCCAGCCAGGAAUCUAAAGCUGUUUUUUCUUUUCUUUUUUUUUUUUUUUUUUUUUUUUUUUGAGGGUGUGGGGUAAGGAAGGGGUUGGAGAUUAUUGGCCUCAGAACUGAAGGAAACCGCACAAAGCCUUUGCUUUGCUAUGUGCUGCUUUGCGUGUUAUGUGUGGCAAAUGAUUUGGGAGUGAUUUGCAAUGGAAUUUUGGGACCCAAAGAGUAUCCACUUGGGGAUGAUUUUGGCCAAAACUCUUCUUUUUGGAACCACAUGAAAGUCUCGAUGCUGCUGCAUUAUCCCUUUGAAAGGUGGCUCAAAAGCUAUAGGGAACUCCAGGUCCUUUAUUACUGCCUUCUUUUCAAAAGCACAACACUCCUCUCUAAUCCCCUCUCCUUUUCCCAUCUGAUUGGGUCAUGGAGCUAUUUUCUAGUUAGUUCUCAGUCACUGUGCAAUAUGCCCCGUGGAUUCCAGGGGUGUCUGGAGGAGAAUUGACUCUCAGAACCUCCUGGUGCCCUGGUGGGCUUAGGGAACCAUCUCUCCUGCUCUCCUUGGGAUUAUGGCUGACUGAUUGGCAGGUAUUCCUUGGCAGAAUGGGAGAGUGAAUGCCCCAAAUUCUGUAAGACUACUUGGUAUUCUUACAGGGCUGACACUAAAAGCCAAACUUUGGGUGCUGUUUUUUUCUCCUUGGUGCUCAGAGCACCAGUGGGAGAGGUUGCUGUUUCUAUACAAUCCAAAUUUGUCUGUUGACUUGUGCAAUAUUUACUGUUGUGGGUUGGAGAAAAAUGGAAACCUACACUGGGAAGAAAAAUGCUUCCUUCAGUUCUUCAGUGACAUUGGUAGUGGUCCUCAGAAGGCCUCAAGUUUCCCAAACUGAAUCACCUAAAGGACAGAGCUAGCGCAUCUGGUCAACCUGGCUUCCCUCCUGCUGUUGCCCCUUAAUGAGGAGUCUUUCCCUUCACCCACUUCCUCUGCACCCAAGUCCCCCUUCCUAUAAUUCAAUUUUGAUUCAAAGGUGCUAUUUACCAAACACUCUCCCUACCUAUUCCCCCCAAUUCUGCCUCCUUUUCAACUUUCCAGAUUUCAUGCUGCCUUCCCAGACCCUGUUCCCAGCUUUCAUUGCUUUAUAAUUAACGUUGGGCCCACAGACCCAAGAGCUAACGUUCUGGUCUGUGAGUUGAAACAAAGCUGUGAAUCACUGCAGGUUAUGUUCUUGCAUCUGGUCUGCAAACAGGUCCCUGCAUUUUUAGAAGCAGCGUCAUGGUCUCAUGCUUAAUCUUUUCUCUCUUCUCUUUUUGAUGUUCACUUUAAAAACAACUCCCGACCCCCAGAGCUGGACUGUUGAGCAGGCCUGUCUCUCCUAUUAAGUAAAAAUAAACAAUAGUACGUUUGUAAGCUAUUCUGACAGAAAAGGCAAAGGUUACUAAUUGUAUAAUAGUGUUUUUAUAUGGAAGAAUGUACAGCUUAUAGACAAAUGUAUACCUUUUUUUUUUUGUUAUUUUAAUAAAAAUGUAGCAGAUGAA